UCCCCAUCGAUCUUGGUUUCCUCUUUCCUCCCUCUCCGCGGCAUGGAUCCCGCCGGCGCCUCUCCGGCGCCGGCUCCCGCCGUGGAAGAGCCCGUAAGCGCCACCUCCAUUUUCGACACCCUUGGCGCGGAGGUGCUGGCGGUCAUGUCCCCGGUCUCCAUCUGCAUGGCCCUUGUCGUGCUCCUCAUCUCCCUACUCUCGCCGCCGUCCUCCGGGUCCGCGUCGAGCUCACCCCCUCCAGUCACAGCUGCCACUCUCGUCUACCUCGAGUCCCCUAACGACUCCCCGGGCCAGAAGCUCCUCGGGGCGCUCCUCGACGCCGCCGUCUUCGUCGCCCUCGUUGCCGCCGUCACCUUUGUCCUCGUUGCGCUCUACUACUUCCGCUGCACGGGUUUUCUCAAGAACUACAUGCGGUUCUCCGCCUUCUUCGUCAUCUUCUCCAUGGGAGGCGCCAUCGUGGCCGCCGUGCUCCGGCGCCUCGCGGUCCCGCUCGACGCGCCCACCGCGCUCCUGCUCCUCUUCAACGGCGCCGCUGUCGGUGUCCUCUCUGUAUUCGCCUCCGCCGUCCCCAUCCUCGUCCGCCAGGGGUACAUGGUCGCGCUCGCCGUCAUCGUCGCCGCCUGGCUCUCCAGGCUCCCCGAAUGGACCACGUGGAUCAUGCUCGUCGCGCUCGCUCUUUACGACCUCGUUGCCGUGCUUGCACCCCGGGGACCGCUCAGGAUGCUUGUGGAGUUGGCCUCCUCCAGAGAUGAUGAGCUGCCAGCACUCGUCUACGAGUCUCGGCCUACAGUCGGCCCAGUCACAAGUUCUUCCUCUUACGCUUCAGCCAUGGGGUCUGUGGAGAUGCAAACCAUGGCAGAUUCUGGUCAGAUCGGUAGCAGUCAAUAUGAGCAGGAGGAAGAUGCCAGCCCUGCCUUCGUGCAAAUGAGGGAUCUUGUGAGAGUCCGAUCAAGCAUUGGUGAGAUGAAAAGAUCAAGAGGUUCUGUGCUCCAAAUGGAGAACCUUGAAAGGGAGGUACCAGUGAUUUCAGCAGAACUGACAGCAAACCAAGGUGGGAGUUCACAGCAUGCCAUCAUUCAAAUUGAACAUCCUGACGUAGAAGAGACAUCACCUUUGGUGUCUGCACCCUCUACCUACAAUGCAGCUUUGGAUGAGGAGCAUAGACAAAGUUCAUCGUCAGAGCCUCUGGAUUUUGAGAUGUUUGAGUCUACCAGGGGCAUCAAGUUGGGCCUUGGCGAUUUUGUUUUCUACAGUGUGCUUGUUGGGAGAGCUGCCAUGUAUGAUCUGAUGACUGUGUAUGCAUGCUACCUCGCCAUCAUUGCUGGGCUUGGUUGCACCCUUGUCUUGCUUUCCAUAUGCCGGCAUGCGCUACCUGCACUCCCAAUCUCUAUUAUGCUGGGAGUUACAUUCUACUUCUUGACACGGUUGCUGAUGGAGCCAUUUGUGGUUGGUGCUUCAACAAACUUGGUGAUGUUCUGACUUUCACUGAUCUGCUGUUGUCAUUUACAUGUGGAUGAAGCCCUCAAUCGAAAGAAAGUUGUUGGUUAGCAAUUCAGCAUCCUAUGUGAGAAUGACUAAUAAUUUGUUGGUCACUUACCGUAAACUGUCAUUUGUAUUUAUUUCUAGGAAUGCUUAAGACCAUAUACUCUGAGGUAGCAUCGUAGGUAGAUUUAGCUCAUGUCUUGUUGUAAGUCUAUCAACCUGACAUGAUAUUCGAGAAGAGCUAUUCUACAUUCGUUGUUCUUUGGCUUAUUGUGUUCUUCAAAGUUGGUGUUUUCACCCUAAGAUUAGAGAUCAAGUAAUUGGUCAUCCAUUACGUUAAUCAUUAUAUGCUCCAUUAACUACUCAUUUUCCACCUAUAGAAGAAAGUUUUUUAAUAGGAAGCUAGCCCUCUUACUUUGUUUCGAGACUUUUUUCAAUAUUUGAUAGGUUCAGUAAGUCAUGUGUUUAUUUUUUGGAGUCAGUAGCUAAUGUUUAUGUACUGUUUUAAUUGAACAUUGGUAAAAGUUUUAACUGAUAUUAACAUUGACAAUACUUGGGCGGUAGAUGAGGCUAAGCAUCUAAAAUAUUUUUUCCUGUCAAAGUUGUUAUUAAUUAUCAUUAGUUCAAAUUCUUUCUGUUUUAGGAUAUCCAACAGGCAACAUGAUAUACUGGGAAAACAUUUUUACACCCUUGUCAAUUCCAGCCACUUUUUACGUUGCCAAAAUUCUGCUAAAAACAUUAGUUUUGCACUCCCUCUCUUGUUUUGAUUUUGGUGUUUUCUUCUUUGGUAUGUCAGCACUUUAGCCAUUUUAAGCUCUGGUAAAACAAGGUAACAUUUUAAUGGCUUGAGCCAUGGUACUAUUAGCAUUCUCUAAUUACCCACUUUUGACGACAGCUGGUCUUUUGAUCCAUGGGUUGCACAUAUCCUCAAUAAGGCUAUAUAUAAGCUAAGCUUUCUCCUUUUGAUCUGCCAUACCCACCAGUUGUGGUAACCCCAAUUUUGUGAAGUUAUCCUAAGUUCUGUGUCUUAUUUUGGUAUAUAUGAAUGGUGUGUAGUGGUUGGGCUCUAAAUUUUACACUAAAAUGUGAAGAGACAUUUGGAUCGUGAUCCAUUACCACUCUUAUAUGUGUAUAACUGUAUAUCGUGAUUCAGUUGUAAAAUAUUUUGCAGAGGUUGUGCAAUGCAUCAAUAUUUUGCAGACAUUAUUAUGCCAUCUCUCCUGUCUUAUAGCUUUUAUAAACAGCCCCAAAUCAUCUGCUAACAAAAAAUGGGUUAAUAUUAGGUGCAUCUUGGCAGAUACAAAAUAUAGGACCAUACAAGAGAGCCACAUGCUGUUUCAAGACAAUUGGGUUAUAGCUACAAGUCAGUCAUGUGUUCUGACAGCUUAGUUGCAUGGUGGCUGUAUCUGAUUCCAAGUAUUUCCAUUGAAUUGAAGAUUGGUUGAAUGUGGU